AUGGCGUUUGAGCGCACCCCGAAGCCCAGUUCUGGGUUUUUGAAACGGCCUGCCGAUGGGAAGAUGGAAGGAGGAUACUGGCACUCAACAUACAGAGCUGAACAGGACCAGAGGCCCAAAGAGGCAAUGUACAUAACUUCAGGAAUUACCAGUGCCCAGUCACCUCAGCCACAGACGACGGAUUAUGCAUCUUCAUGGGCCGAUCCAGGUCCUAGCCGCCAGCGAACCCAUCAGGAGCAAUGGGACGGAAGGCUUCCAUCCAUUCGCGAGAUGCUUCCUCACGAGUUUGGAACACUGGCGUAUGAUUCUUACUACCCACAUGAGGUGAACCGACGAGUUGACAAACGCAACUUCUCCAACGAACAAGGCCACAUGCAGGCCCCUGAUUCCACCCCAAAGCGUCGCAGACUUCCUGAUGCGCCUGUCCGUCGCCAACAGGAUGAGCAGCAGCAAUCACACCGAUACGACUAA